CCUAGCGAAGUCUCCUGGGGGGUCGCCCCCGCCGGCGGGCCGCGCGACUUCAAGUUCAUUCCUGAGCCGGCUGAGGCGCGCGGGGCUGGAGAAGCGCUGGCUGCUGCGUCCGUCCGCUCGGGUCCUCCGGUCCUCUCUGAAGUCCCACGCGGCCUUGCCACCUCCUCAUCCCCCAAGGAACCAUGUCCAUGCUCAGCUGGGGCUACUGCGAGCACAACGGCCCCGUUCAUUGGAGUGAACUUUUCCCAAUUGCUGAUGGGGAUCACCAAUCUCCGAUUGAGAUCAAUACCAAAGAAGUGAAAUAUGACUCGUCUCUCCGGCCUCUCAGCAUCAAGUAUGAUCCAACAUCAGCUAAAAUAAUAAGCAAUAGUGGUCAUUCCUUCAGUGUUGACUUCGAUGAUUCAGAAGACAAAUCAGUUCUGAGAGGAGGUCCCCUCACUGGAACCUACAGGCUACGACAAUUUCAUCUUCAUUGGGGCUCCACUGAUGAUCAGGGCUCUGAGCAUGCAGUAGAUGGAAGGAAAUAUGCAGCAGAGCUCCACGUGGUUCAUUGGAAUUCGGACAAGUACCCUAGCUUUGUUGAGGCAGCUCACGAACCUGAUGGAUUGGCUGUUUUAGGUAUUUUUUUACAGAUUGGUGAACAUAAUCUACAACUGCAGAAAAUUACUGAUAUUUUGGACUCCAUUAAGGAAAAGGGUAAACAAAUCCGCUUCACCAAUUUUGACCCGACAACUCUACUUCCUCCAUCGUGGGACUACUGGACGUACCCAGGCUCCCUUACCGUUCCACCUCUUUUGGAGAGUGUCACUUGGAUAGUUUUAAAGCAACCUAUAAGUAUCAGCUCUCAACAGCUGGCCAAAUUCCGAAGUCUCCUGUACACUGCAGAGGGUGAGGCAGCUGCCUUCUUGUUGAGCAACUACCGUCCACCACAACCGCUGAAGGGCCGAAAAGUGAGAGCUUCAUUCCGCUAAAAGUUUCCCCUGAGAACAGCUGGAACAGAUGUAAUUAUGGAAGGACCUUCCGUUUAAAUUCAUCUGGAGUGCUUUGCUUGAAACUUAGUUAAUGGGCACAACUGUUUCAUGACUGGGCAGAAGCCCUGAAUUUAUUCAUGACAAAAGAGCACUUCUCUCAAUCUUUAAGGCAAAAUAUAAUUUGGCCAGCCCAGAUUGGCGUGUUAGCACUCAUGCAUUAAAUGUUGUUUGUCUUGUCUCAGACUGUGAAAUAUCUUCAUGUCCAUUGGUGAGAAAGUAUCCCAGACAGGGAAGCCAAAUUGCUCACUUCUAUUAAGGAAUUUCUAGCUAAAAACUUAAUGUCAUGUCUUUAAUGUUAGGAUUUUACUAGCCCUAAGUAUUUUAAUUUGUAACCUGUGGGUGCUAUAUCCUUUUAAAAUAAACCCUUUGUCUCAAUUGCUGAUUUAAAUAUUUAGAAUCUUUUUUUUAUUUUUAAGGAUAAUAUAUUAGUCAUUGAGGAACAUGGACCAAACUAUAUUAAAUGAAUGUGUCUGAGAGAGUUAGUCUGGAUUGGUGAAUAUAGAGCUUCCAUCUAAUCAGGAGGGCCUGGGUUCGAGUGCUGUCUCUAACCCUGGGCAAGUCAUUUAACCUCUCAAUGCCUCAGAUUAUUCUCUAUACAUACUGUGAGGUGCAGAACAGUUGCCAUUUAGUGGAGGGAAUUCUAUGGAGGGAUGAAAUCCAGACCAAAUAAAAUAAAUCAAAAAGCCCAGAGGCCAACAAUAACUAAUAAAAUAUAUGACAAAGUAGUCUACUAAUUAUAUUAUAAAGAAUAAAUCGUGCUUGACACUAUAUUUGGCUUGUGCCAUAAAAAACCACAUCUGUAUUUGCUCAUUUAGAAACAAACAUUAGAAAUUUAAACAGUGUGUGGGUUUCUCCAUGAUCUUAUAAAGUGACUUUCAUAGGCCUUAUAAUAUUUUACAGGCAGAACUGCUCCUAGAGUGUGGCAAUAAAAGUAAGGACCCAUUGGCUCUAGGCUUUCUCUCUCCCAAUAAGUAACAUACUUUGUUGGCUAUUGGGCAAUGGCUCAAGGAGUUAAUCCUAUUUCAGAGAAAGGGUGAGGGUGGCAGUAGGAAAAGAACUGACUGCACAGAUUUCUUAGCUGGUGCUAAAAUUACCUGAAAUUCAUGUGUACACUCUAUCCACAAAUUUUGGGGUACAGCCACCCCACUCCACUUCCACACUUGCCCUUUGGUGAGCAAUUGUUAUGGUCUCCUCCUGGCUUCUUUAGAUGUUUAUUUUAACUUGAUGUAACUUGGUAUUAAAAGGCUCCUCUGAGUCCACCCCAAUUCGCUUUCACUAUUAAAUGAAUUAAAUGACACUAACUAGAAUAUUUAGCUGUCUCCAAAUGGCUAUAAUUCAUUUUCUUCGUUGUCUUUUGGAGGAAGUGUUGAUUCAGUAGGAUUGUGUUUCUUUGAUUUUGCAAAUUUGUUUAAUGUUUUGCUCUUUCUUUGAAAAUGGGUUUUAACAUGUGAAUUUGUUUUGGAAUAUUUUCUGAGUACCAGGUACAACUUGGUGUUAAAAUAUGUAAUUGUAACAUUGUGUCUCAUAUUUUAGUUCAAUUUAAUGUGAAAUUCUUUGAUAAUUAGUCUUGAGACUAAUAUACUAAGAGUUAAUUUAAUGUUAAAAAAACCCAAAACCUCAGGUCAAAUGUCCUCAUAGUAUAGUUUUAAAAAAGGGAAUUCUGAUUAAAUUCUGAUUAAUUAAGCUUG